AUCAGGAAUAGCAGUGGCUACUCGAAUGCGGCGAACCUCUCUGGGGUGCCUGAUACAUCACAAAUGCUAUUCCUGUUCCUCUCAAAACCCUACCCACAACAGAAUCAACAGCCGACAGAGGUGACGGCCUGAUUCUUCUCAUAGAGGAAUCGCGUUUUCAACAGGCUUUGGACAUAAACAACGAUACCUCAUUGACGGGUAAAUAGCGAUGGCAGAGGCUAAUAUUUCUGUCACAGAAAGUCAGUUCCGAUGUCCUAUUUGUCUGGAUAUCUUGAAAGAUCCAGUGGCCAUCCCCUGUGGCCACACAUAUUGCAUGAUGUGCAUCAAUGGCUACUGGGAUCAGACGGACACCGGGCAGUAUAGCUGUCCCCAAUGUCGGGAUACGUUUAGCCCGAGACCGGUUCUAAGAAGAAACACGGUGCUUGCAGAAGUGGUUGAAAAACUGAAGCUCACCGAGCUUGUAAACGCGUCCGCCCCCGACCGUUAUUUGGGAUGUCUGGGAGAUGUCCCGUGUGACUUUUGCCCCUUGGACAACAAACUAAAAGCGGUCAAGUCAUGCUUGGCAUGCCUGGCUUCGUACUGCGAGAUCCACGUCGCUCCCCACCGCGAAGUUGGCACUCUGCGGCGGCAUAAACUGGUGAACGCGAUCGAGGGUCUGUCGGACAGACUCUGCUCACAGCACCGACUGGGCCUAGAGGGCGGCGGCUGCGAGAGCCAGGUGGACUGGAGCGGCGACUGUCCCCUCUGCGAGUCGGACCAGGAGGACCUGCGCAAUGUCGACGUCCAGCGGGCGAGGAAACAGGCCCAGCUGCAGGAGUGCCAGAGAGCAGUUCAGGGCCGGAUCCGGGCCGGAGAGAGGGAGCUGGAGGACUUCCAGCAGGCACUCGACUCUCUUAAGUGCUCGGCCGCGGCCGUGGUGGGGGAGAGCGAGGCGCUGUUCUCAGACCUGGCCCAGCGCGUGGAGCAGAGCCGGGGGGAGGUGCGGGCCCGGCUGGAGGCCCAGGAGAAGCUGGUGCUGAGCCGCGUGGAGCGCGAGGCGCUGGAGCUGCGCCGGGAGGUGGCUGAGCUGCGGAGGAGGGAGGAGGAGAUGGCACAGCUGCUCCUCACGGAGGACAACACACAGUUCCUGCGGGCCGCCUCCCUGCUGUGUGUGCAGUCGGCCAGCGGGCGGCGCCCUCGAGCCGCGGAGAUCUCCACAGACUGCUUCAGCGCCGCCCGCAGGGGCCUGUCCCACCUGAAGGCCCGGAUGGAGGAGCUGUGGAGGGAGGAAGUGGACAAGAUCACCAGGCCAGUGAACCCAAAUGUGUACCAACUGCCUGGCACUGACAGCUGCAAAGGGGCUGAGAAGAUGGCUGUCCCUCUCCCAUUCCCCCUCUCCUGCCUCAGCCUGCAGCCGUCGGACAAGCGGACGAGAGAGACCUUCCUCAGGUACGCCUGCCGGCUCUCCCUGGACGCGGACACUGCGCACCCCACCCUGCUGCUGUUCGGGGACCCCCCGGGGAUGCGGUGCGGCGAGGAGCCCCAGCCCUACGUGCCCCACCCCCUGCGCUUCGACAGCGUGGCGCAGGUCCUGUGCCGGGAGGGGCAGUUCGGCGGCGCCAGCUACUGGGAGGUGGAGUGGAGGGGCGGGGGCUGGGUGGACAUCGGGGCGACGUACCGCGGCAUCGGGCGCAAGGGCGGCGGCAAGCCGUGCCUGCUGGGCCGCAACGAGAACUCCUGGAGGCUGCGCUGCACGCACUCGGGCUACGCCGCCUGGCACGACAACAAGAAGACCACGGUCGCCGCGGCGCCCUGCCCGCGCAUCGGCGUGCUCCUGGAGCGCCAGCAGGGGGCGCUGUCCUUCUACAGCCUCUCCAGCACCGUGGCCCUGCUGCACACCUUCCACUGCCCCUUCUCCCAGCCCCUCUACCCGGCCUUCCGGCUGGACCUGGACUCCACCGUGCUCAUCUGCGCCUCCGAGCAACUCUCUGACCUCUGAACCUCUGAACCUCUGAACCCUGGGGCCCACACCCUCCGAGCACCCCGCCACCUCUGACCUCUGAACCCUGGGGCCCACACCCUCCGAGCACCCCGCCACCUCUGACCUCUGAACCCUGGGGCUCACACCCUCUGAGCAUGCAGUUAUCCCACGCAUAAACAGAUAGGUCCGCACACACACUCACACACUCACACACACUCACACACUCACUUACACUCACACACUCACACUCACACACUCACUCACUCACACACACACACACACACACUCACACUCACUCACACACUCACUUACACUCACACACUCACACUCACACACUCACUCACACACACACACACACACACAGUGUUUCCAUACUGCCAGUAGCAGUCAGACAUUUUGAAUUGCCUCUACUCCUGGCUGGAAGGAACGAUGUAAGUGUUUGCACAUUCCCUAAUUUUUCUUGCCUCGUUCUGCAGCUCAGUCCUGGCUUUGGGAAUGCUGCAGGGAUUAGCCGGGGGCUGGGACGUCCAGGUCCACAUGGAAGCUGGUUAACAGGAGACUGGAAAAGGGAUAGUUUCCUCCAGUCCAAAAUUUGUUGGUUCAGAGUUCCUGUCUACGGCUAUGAAUAUAUGCUGUUAAUUUGCGGAAUAUCGGGAAAGUCGCCUCAACUGAACUACUUAUUUCUGUAGCCUACUACUGAAUGUAAUUGUCCGUGUUGCUGGGAAACGGCGCUUCGGUGAUGUUGGAUUUGUUUCCUCAUACUCCGCCGGGUCAUUAUGCACGCACGUAUCGUUUCUGCGACACCUCAUAAAAAGUGCUUUAAAAAUGUACAAAUCCAAACCUCCAGGCCCUGUUCCUCACCCACACUGACGCUCUCUCCCAACCCUUCUGCCUGUGUGCAUUUUACUGAGAGAAUCACCGAAGGACCGGAUGAAUCGUCAGCUUUGUAGCUUGGCCUUAACUAUAAAAACGGCAAAUUUUAAAAGAGUGUUUGUCAUGUCUGAUGGUUUUAUAGCAUGGAAGAGUGGCACUUUUGUGAACAUAGUCCUCCCACCAACUUUUUAAAAUUUAUUUGGAAGUAAAAAUAGCCAAAAAAGCAACAGGAGUGCAUUUUUUCCUAAAAAUAUAUCUCUGCUGAAUGUUUUUCUUUUUUUUUUUUUUUUCCAACUGUGACAAAUGAGUUGGGAAUGAUAUUUGGCAGUAGAAGGGAAUGGUAUUGGAAUACUGUGUGUGGUUCCUGGCCUCUGGGAUUGGGAACACUGUCUACCUCUCUCUCGCUCAUGCCUUAUUGCCUGUUGUCCGUGGUCUCGUGAUUCUGGAAGCGUUUGUCCGUCUGUGUGUUUUAACCGUUGAUAUUUGUGUAUGCAAUAAAACGGGCAUUUCAACUUA